AUGAAGAUCACACCAUUACAUUCUAAACACGAAGUGGAAACGGCUAAUGGACAAGUAUCUGUUAUCAAGGAAAAGGUGGAAUUUUCGGUCUCGGCUAAUGGUGUUGGUCAACGUAUACAGGCUUAUGUGUUUGAUACUAAAUUUGAUCUUAUUCUUGGUCAACAAUGGUUCAAACAGUAUAAACCUGUUCCCAAUUGGUCUAAUAACUCUUGGUCUAUUCCUGGCCCUCAUGGUAUUGGUAUGGCUGUCUUGUCUCCGGUAAAUCUGGUAUCUAAUGCUCAAGAUUUGGUGUAUGUCAUGGCCAAAAGACAAAUGCAGCGCUCUCUGCGAAAAAACAAGAUUGAUGAAUUGUUUUUGGUACAUGUCAAAGAGUCUGGUGACUGGCACAACAUGGUGGAUACUAGUGAUAAUCUCGGAAAGGAUAUCUCUAAACUGUUGGAUGAGUACAAGGAUGUUUUCACGGAAAAACUACCUCCUGGUUUACCUCCUGAUCGUGGUAUCGAACAUGUUAUCGAGACUGGUGAUGCUGAACCUGUAUGCAAACAUCCUUUCAAGAUGAGUCCUUUAGAAUUGGAUGAACUACAACGUCAACUAAAGGAAUUGUUGGACAAAGGCUUCAUCCAACCUAGUUCGUCUCCUUGGGGUGCUCCUGUUCUGUUUGUGCGUAAAAAGUCUGGCGAGCUUCGAAUGUGCAUUGAUUUCAGAAUUAUCAAUUCUUUAUGCACUAAAAAGCUCAACAUCCCCUAA